AUGCCAGCCAUGGAGCUUUCGCCAAUCCGGCAGGCGAGUCUCUCAUCACUCAGCCCGUACUAUGGAUACGGACCCGGAAACGACAACCCGAACCAGACACACGGCCAUAGCAUACCACCAUCACCCUCGAAUAUGUCAGUCAGGUCGAUGGAGAGCUAUCGCUCCAACGAAGGUAUUGUCAGCGGCGACUCGGUGAAAUGCGAUAUCAUGGCCAAAUUCUUACGUCAGCGGCAACUCGAGAAAAUGUGGUCAUAUAAUGCAAACUCCGAGGAAGGUGUCAUCCUCAAGCGUGGCAAGGACGACUUCGUGUGCCAACCCAAGGGGCUCGUCGGCGUUCAGGAUGGCUUUUAUGAACAGAUCUGCCGACUGAACGUCAAAGUCGCCAUCACUGUGUCGACAGAUGUUAUCCAAACUUAUCUCAGCAGUAUCGAUACCCUCUAUGUUCCGUUGGCGGAUGGCCGACGGAUACAGGUCCUCCAGGACAUUCAUUCCUUGGCACGAUCAAAGAAGCACCACUUCGCCGCCUUCAUUCGGUCCCCGGAUCCGAAAAUGAUUGUCUGGCACGACGAUCCAGAACAAGUGGUUGCUCGGGCUGAGCAGAUCGAGUCGCUUCUCGUUGCAAAUCUGUGGCGUGGUGCCGCCCAGCUUGAACAAAGUCGACCAGGCUCCAGGAUAGACACCGCGCCGCCAACGCCUGGCCCUGAUGGCAAAAUGACGCCACUGAAACAGACCUUCCGCCUGAAGGAGAAGGAAGUCAUCUCGAGUGAUGACUCGGACGUCGACGUGGAGAUGACGUUCUGCGACCUACCGCGCAAGACCAGACUGUAUCAAUCGAUACUAAUCGGGAUCACUGCCAUGAUCGCCGUCACGGCCUUGGGAGUUGGCUGGCGAUACAUUGCAGUGGAAAUCAGUGUUGACCACAACUGGAUGCGAUUGGCUUUUCUCGUUGUUGUGCCUUUCCAGGCUUGGCUCGGUUGGUUCUUCUUCCAAACUCUGGUCACCGGGCUGUCACAGUUGUUCGGACCCGUGAACCAGAUGUUGACAAACUCUCGGUCGUUCUCUGGCAUCAGAUCAAAGCGAAUCAAUACACCUGGCCGCCAGCUUCCUCACGUGACCGUUCAGUGCCCGGUCUACAAAGAAGGUCUCGAAGCUGUCAUCGAGCCGACUAUGGUCUCGAUUCGUGACGCGAUCUCAACGUAUGAGAUGCAAGGCGGCACAGCAAACAUCUUCGUCAAUGAUGACGGCAUUCAGCUCAUCCCCGAAGAGGAGGCUCGCGCACGCCGGGACUACUAUGAGGAGCACAACAUUGGCUGGUUCAAGAAAGCGUCCAAUAUGAAUUACGCGAUGAACGUCAGCGCACGCGUCGAGGACAAAUUGACACGCAUCUCGCGCCACGCUCGCUGGAACGACCAGCUCGAGGAAGAGGCCUACCGGGAUGCUCUUGACCAGGUCAUCAAGGAAGACCAGGGCAGAACUUGGGCAGAUGGCAAUGUUCGCAUCGGUGACUACAUUCUGAUCAUUGAUUCCGAUACACGAGUGCCCGAGGACUGCUUCCUGGAUGCCGUGUCAGAAAUGGAGCAGAGCCCCAGGGUAGCUAUCAUCCAGUUUUCGUCCGGUGUUAUGAACGUCACGACAAGCUUCUUUGAGCUGGGCAUUACUUACUUCACGAAUCUGAUCUACACGGCUAUUCAAUUCGGCGUGGCAAAUGGUGAUGUUGCGCCGUUCGUCGGACACAAUGCUAUUCUCCGAUGGUCUGCUCUCCAGGACAUUUCAUACAACGAGGAUGGCGUUGAGAAAUAUUGGGCAGAAACUACAGUGUCCGAAGACUUCGACAUGGCCCUCCGACUACAGUCCGCCUCGUACGACCUUCGAUUCUCUGCAUACUUCGGACGAGGCUUUCAAGAAGGUGUCUCUUUGACUGUUUACGAUGAGUUGUCACGUUGGGAGAAAUAUGCCUACGGCUGCUCGGAACUGAUCUUCCAUCCUCUCCGAUACUGGCCAACCCGUGGUCCAUUCACGCCGCUGUUCCGCAGAUUCAUCACCAGCAACAUGCCAUUCAUGGCUAAGAUCACAAUCAUGAGUUAUAUCGGAACAUACUACGCCAUCAGCAGUGCUUUCUUCCUCACAGUCAUGAACUACUUCCUCAUCGGCUGGUUCAACGGCUACCUCGAUCACUACUACGUCGACAGCUUUAAGAUCUACUUCUCGAUCGUCAUAGUUUUCCAGGCGUUGGGUGUCGUCAGUCUGGCCGUGCUUCGCUACCGUGUCGAAGGCCGCAACCUCUUCCUCGCCUUCCUCGAGAAUCUCAAAUGGCUUCCCCUCCUCACAAUCUUCCUCGGAGGCAUCUCAAUACAUGUCUUCCAAGCUAUCGCAUGCCAUAUGCUCAGCAUCGACAUGAGUUGGGGCGCCACCGCCAAGGAGGCAAAACGGACGAGUUUCUUCGCUGAGAUUCCGACGAUCUUGAAGAAGUUCAAGUUCACGUUCGCGUUCUGCCUGAUCAUGACGGCGGCGAUGAUUGUGCUUGCCGGUGUUGGGCCCGUCGGUGCGCUCAUUCCUUAUGAUUGGCAGAUCACGGGCUUCGUUGCGAUAUGGCCGAUUUCGGUGCUGAUCACGUUCCACUUCCUCAUGCCACUCGUCCUCAACCCAGGUCUUAUGCAGUUCACAUUCUAA